ACAAAAAAUAAAUAAUAAAUAAUGCAACAAUUCGAAAUUCCAAAAACCUUUAAGGCAGCCUAGUUAGUGGAGUACGGAAAGGACCUCCAGAUCGCUGAAAUUGAAACUCCUUAACUAUUAGAAGGAUAAGUUUUGAUAAAGGUCGAAGCAGCACCAGUCAAUCCAUCAGAUCUAGCAUUAAAUGAUGGACAUUAUCCCUCUGGAAAAGUAUUGCCAGCAGUCCCAGGAAUAGAGGGAUCAGGAGUCGUAGUUCAAUUGGGGUAUUUUCUAUUGAUAUAUCUAAUAGACCAAAUGUAGAAAACGUGAAAGUGGGCACUAAGGUUGCAUUUAAUGCUUAUACCAACUAUGGUAGCUACGGCCAGUAUUCUGUGACUACCAAUCAACAAAUAAUCCCAUUAGAUGAUGAUAUAUCUUUUGAAAGCGGAGCUUCAUCUAUCGUCAACCCUGUCACAGUCAUACUCAUGUUGAUCGAAGCUUAGGAAUUAGGAGCCAAGGCCGUAGUUCACACUGCUGCAGGCUCAGCCUUAGGCAGAAUGUUAGUCAAAUAUUUCUAAGAAUCAGGAAUCGAUGUCAUAAAUGUAGUGAGAAGACAAGAGUAGGUUGAUCUUCUCUAAAAGGAAGGUGCCAAACAUGUCUUAAAUCAAACAUCAGAAACCUUCUUAAAAGAUUUAAAAGCCUUGGCCCAUUAAUUGAAGUAAUAGUUCUCAUCUUAUCAUUUUAGUGCUACUGUCUUUUUUGAUGCCAUUGGUGGAGGUCUUACAGGUGAGAUACUCAGCUAAUUACCUAAUAAAUCAACUGCUCUAGUUUAUGGAUUACUAUCAGGACAACCAAUUGCCAAUAUUACAGCAUAUGAUUUACUUUUCUAGAGUAAAACUGUCAAAGGGUUCUUAUUGUAUACUUCCAUUCACAAGUUUAACCCAUUUGCCGACGAAAAUGCCAAAAAGAAAUUGAAUGCUUUACUCAAGACAACAUUAACAACAGAAUAUGCUAAACAAUACCCAUUGGAGAAUAUUAACGAAGGCAUAUAAUUUUACAAAUAGAAUCAGACAUCAGGGAAGAUCUUAGUGAGACCACAUUAAUGAAAUCAUAAAUAUAAUAAAAACUAAUUGAACA